GCAGUGUUUGCAUCCGGACGUCCGUCAAGAGUGUCUGUCAGAUGCGAUUCUAUGGCUACGAGCGACACCACGUCGGCUACUCCGUAUGGCGCUGCUUUGCUUACAGCGUCCCAGUGGUCGGGAUCGAGGUGAUAUGCGCGACCUACAGCCUACAUCACACUGCGCGGAGAGGUGUCAUUUGUGACUCUGCACGUCAACGGAGUUUCAGCCGUGCGUGCUUCGUACAGACGAUAGGAGACAGCAAUGGCCACUCGAAUAGGGGGUUCCUCAGGACACUACGGGAAUCUUUCGGGAGAAACACGAGUCGUGACUGGUCAGACCGCACGGACAUGUCGCAAGUCAGCGUUGGGCAGCAAUGCAUACGGAAAAAAAUGUUAGAUCUAUUGACGAUGCAUGUCAGUAAUCCGGCAAUAAACAUAUUCGGAAGCAAAACAGGCUGCAGCAAAUAUGACAAGAGAAGCCAGUGCAUCAGACAAGGUGAAAGAUGGUAUAUGUUUUCGUUCAGCAAUCCGAAGAUUUCAGUUGAACUAUGCAUUUGAUAUAUGGUAAUCAUCAUAACGAGGGAUCAACCCCGUGCACUUUUAGGCGGCAAUUGAAACAGGGGGAGAUAAAUAAAGAUAAAAAUAAAAUAUUGCUCACCUAUUGAGGGAUGAUAAUCGUCAUCCCAAUGAUACCAACGCACCAAGCAUGUCGAGCAAAAAAAUUGGCAAUAACUGAGCUGUCAUUCAACCUGCAUUGCAUCGCAUCGGUCAAUUGAUGAAUUGGAAUCUCUCAUUCAGAAUACCAAAGCGGCGAGCCAUUGACCAAUGUCGUGGUGACAUGAAGUUGUUGGGAAGAAAAGAUGCAGCAGAUUUUUGUAGUGCGUCCCG